CCACCACCACCCCCCCGCGGCAACGGCCCGAUGGGAGGAGCCGCCCCCCCCCCGCGCCUGAGGGAGGGACAGGGAGGGAGGCCGCCGCCAUGGGGGAAGCGGCGCAGCCCCCGCGGCCGGGGAUCGGCGUGGGGGUGGUGGUCACCAGCGCCGCGCACCCCAGCUGCGUCCUCCUGGGCAAGAGGAAAGGCCCGGUGGGGGCCGGUACCUACCAGCUCCCUGGAGGACACCUGGAGUUCGGGGAGAGCCUGGCGGACUGCGCCGCCCGCGAGACGCUGGAGGAGGCGGCGCUGCCGCUGCGCAACGUGCGCUUCGCGUCCGCCGUCAACGCGGCCUGCGCCGCCGCGCGCUACCACUACGUUACCGUCCUCAUGAAGGGGGAGGCGGAGCCGCGCAACCGCGAGCCGGAGAAAAACGAGGGUUGGGAAUGGGUUAAAUGGGAUGAAUUUCCUCCAGCAGAUCAACUGUUCUGGGCCUUGCGCUGUUUAAGAGAGCAGGGUUACAAUCCCUUUACCGAAGAGCUCGAUCAUCUGAAAGGGUACACGGGAAGUCACCAACUAGCGUAAAAACUAAUUGUACGUUAUGUAACAAAGCGAAGGACUGACCUGCUUUUUCGGUGUAAAAAAGGAUAUGUCAUGCUCAUGCUGCCCAUGUGAAAUUACUACCCUUCCCACACCCAAAAUGAUGCCAAAUAUUUCAGUGCUUUUACCAUAUUUCACAUGACGGUUGUCUCUUGUUCCAGAGUUAUUUCUUGCUCUAGUGGUUAACAAUUAAUGUUUUCUUUUAUAGAAAACUCAUAGUGGUUUAUCUGGUUAAUCUUUAAAUAGCCCUUUGGAGGUCAGAACUAGUCAGAGAAGUUUACUCACUUGGAGAUAGUUGCAGCAUCAGGCCCAAGAGAAACUGUUUUGUUUAAACCACUGUCCUGCUUCUGUGUAAAACUACUUUGUACAUCAUUCUGCUUUCCUGCAUUUAUAAAUCUUGGACCAAUUUUUAACCAUAGCCUUGUCUCGUAGCUUCAGUUAAGCUAUCAUCAUGAACAAAAGUCACAUUUUACAGACAAUGCCGCCUCAUUCUCCUGCAGACAGUAGUAUAUACUUGAAAAUACGGGUAUCAUGAAACGGUUGCAGUGGCUUGUUGUAGGGAAUUAAAAUUUCUUGAUUCUUCUUACCACCCCCUUUCAUUACCGAGUUCUGUUUGUAGUCUUGGUUACGUUAGAAUUUAUCUGCAGAAGUGUUUUAGAUCUCUGCAGUUGAUCUUAAUUCCUGAUCGUGUUACUAAACUCUUAACAGUUUAAUGGAGAGGUGCCUGCAGUCUUCUACUAGGCUGACACCAGAAACAUUGUACAAACUAACCUAAUUUAUAGGUGUAGUUCAACAGCAGACAGCCACGCUUUUUGGCUAAAGAUGGUUGUAAGUGUUAGCACAGAUGGGUAUAAUUCUGUGUGGCUACUGGGAUUUGAUAUAAUUGUUAAUUUUCAGUUUAAUGUGACUAAAUGAUUUAAUGAAAUCACGGUACAGAGAUACAUGCAAAAAAAAUAGGUUUAAAUUUUUAUUUUUUCUAGAAUCUGUUACCAAAUUUUAUUCUUUUCCAGCUGUAGUCACUGGGACAUCAGCAAUUAAUUUUAGGAUAUGACUUUUAAAAAAUAACUUACAGGCUCAUUUUUUUUUCCUCUUCAGGGUUCUUUUAAAACACAGUUUUUGCCUAUUUCCUUUAGAUACGCCCCAUGUACAGAACGUUCUGAGACACCUUUAGCUUCUUUUAAAUAAAACAUAAGCACAAUACUGAAAGAUUAAAAUUGUCUGAAAUGGACUUGUCAGUUCUUAAAAGAAAUUAACUCCUUACUUUGCAUAUACAUUUUCUUAAAUGGAGGUGGCUCUUUUUUGCCGAGAAACAGACAGAGCGACAUGAGCUAUAAGGAUGCUACUGAUGAUCACAAGCCUCCUGCUUAGAAUUUGAAGUAUUAACUAUGUGCAACUUCCCUUAGGACAGACAUUCUUUCUCUGAAGUGAAGAAAGAAGAUAAUGUUAUAAAGCAGUUUUGAAAUUGGAAAUAUCACUGAAAAUGCCUUACUAGUGUAUCUUUGUAGAAAGCUUAUUUUUUCUAUUCAAAAGUGGAGAUUUUCUUCCUGAAAGCCACUUUAUAUACACUGAAAAUUAUUCCAUUCAGCUGUCAACAAAGAGGCUGUAAGAAGAGUUGACAGAUGUCCUGCCCAUCUGUCCCAUAGAAUAAUGAAAAAAGAAAAAUAAUAUUGAAAUGACUUAGUGCAAUUUUAAAUUUUAGAAGGCACCUAGACCCUGAUAGGAAAACCAAGGUCACUGUAAAAUGGCUUGUCAUGCAAUAAAUAUUUUGUUACUAUUAA